AUGUCAACGAAAUCGAGCAAGAAGACCGCCGCGGCGGCCGCGGCCGCCGCCUCCGUCUCUUCCGCGACGUCCGCCACCGUUGCCUCGUCGUCAUCCUCCAGUAUCCAAACGCCGCCGACUACGUCGACGCCGAUCAACCGGCGACCUGGUAGUCCGCUUAGCCCGACCCGGUAUUCUCGGCUGCAGGAGAAGCAGGAUCUGCAGAAUCUCAACGAUCGUCUGGCAUGUUACAUCGAGAAGGUGCGUCACCUGGAGACCGAGAACUCCCGGUUGACCCGGGAGAUGCAGACCCAUCAGGAGACGGUCACCCGGGAGGUCUCCAAUAUCAAGGCCAUGUACGAACACGAGCUGUCCGAUGCGCGGAAGCUGCUCGACGAGACUGCCAGGGAACGCGCCAAGCUGGAGAUCGACACCAAACGCCUCUGGGAUGAUAACGAGGACCUCAAGAGCAAAUUGGACAAGAAAACAAAGGAUCUACAAAUAUCAGAACGAAAUGCAAUGAUAUUCGAGUCGCGCUGCAGUGACUUGCAGUCGCAGUUUAAUCAGUCACAGGCAGAGCGCAAGAAGUUAACUGAGAAGGAUCGGGAUUCGGAAAAGGAAAUAGAUCGAUUGAAAGCAUUACUGGACGACGCUCGUAAACACCUGGAAGAAGAGACUCUUCAGCGGAUUGAUCUCGAAAAUAAUAUUCAGAGCCUCAAAGAAGACAUCAGUUUCAAGGAUCAAGUUUUUCAGCAAGAACUUACAGAGACUCGUUCGAGACGACAAGUCGAAAUAUCGGAGAUUGACGGUCGUCUCGCGGAGCAAUAUGAAGCUAAACUACAACAAUCCUUGCAAGAAUUACGCGAUCAACAUGAGGCGCAAAUGCGUGCUAAUCGAGAGGAGAUUGAGCUUUUAUAUGAGAACAAAAUCAAGAAUUUGACCUCUCAUGCUCAACGUAAUAGUGGAGUCGCCAACAUGGCAACCGAGGAACUGAGACAAACUCGCUCUCGAAACGAAGGGCUUAAUUCAAGAAUUAACGAACUCGAAGCAACCAGCAAUGCCCUUAAUUCACGCAUUAGGGACAUGGAAAAUGCAAGAGAGAACGAACGUUCUCGUUAUGCAGACAGUAUGGCUGCAAUGGAAGCGGAAUUAUCACGUAUGCGAGAGGAAAUGGCUCAACAAUUACAAGAAUAUCAUGAUCUUAUGGAUAUUAGAGUAGCGCUUGAUUUGGAAAUAGCUGCGUAUCGCAAGCUGCUCGAAACCGAAGAGGCGAGAUUGAAUAUUACACCUAUGCAGUCGACGAACACGUCUAGAUCAACUCCGUCCAGCAGACAUACUCCUCUCAGAAGUGGCAAACGAAAACGCACUUUGUUGGAGGAAAGCGACGAACACAGCAGUAGCGAAUAUAGUGUUUCAGGUACUGCCAGGGGUGACAUGGAAAUUACUGAAGCGGAUCCCCAAGGACGAUUCGUAAAACUUACUAAUAAGGGCAAUAAGGAAAUAAGCUUAGGCGGGUGGCAAAUUACUCGUAAAUCCGGUACUUUGGAAACAAUCUUCAAGUUUCAUCGUAAUAUAAAGCUCGAUGCAGGUGCUAACGUGAUGGUAUGGUCAGCUGAUAUUGGCGCAACGCACGAGCCACCUUCUAACAUUGUUAUGAAAGGUUUGAAGUGGUUCAUAGGAGAUAACAUGACUACUAUAUUGACCAAUAUCGAAGGAGAGGAAAUGGCAACUUCUGAGCGCAAGAGGCAGCAACUGUCCACAACUUUGUCCCGACACAGAGAAAGCUUGGGAUUCCGAUCAUCAGAAGAUCUCCAUCAUCAACAGAGAAGAUAUCUCUACCCGUAUUAAGGGUGAGGGCACACGACUCUGAUGGGCACUUUAUAGCGAUCCCCAAGGCGAAGAACGUUGCCACAUUAUGUAAACAUAAAUUUAUCAUAAAUUUAAGAAUAUCAAAAGAUUUUAAAAGCUUGUAUGAAAUGCAGCUUUGUUCCGUAAGCACCGUUUAGAAAGGGUGAAAAUAAAAAAAGAUUAUGCCAUUAA